GUUUUAUCAACUGUUUGAUUCUGAUGCAUUGCUCACAGUAAUGUACUGUAGAUCAGUUGUAAACCACCUGAUCUAACCAUAAAAUUAUACACAUCAUAAUGUUACCAAAAUGUACUGAGACUGACUUUUAUUUCCCUGCUUGUUCUAUGCACUGUUGUUAAGAUGUGCUUUAAGUGGACACUGAUUUUUGCUAGGCAUGUAAUACUGUAUGUGAAAUCACAAACCAUACUUUCAUUACAAGGGACUGUAUAAAAAUAGAUUACUACUUCAGGCUGCAUUUGGCUCCUGUUGAAGGCAUUAAAAGUGUCUCACAUGUGUGAGCCAUGCCAAGUCCUCAGAGCAGACUGCUUCCCACUUGGGAAACGUAAUGCUGAACUUGAUUUCAUUGGCUGAAAUGUGUAAUAUUUGGACACUGGUCAAAAAGGGGAAGAUAAAAAAUACUUUGUAUCAGAAGUACAUUGUAAUUCUGAUAAUAUCAUCUGACUUGCAGCCUUAAGAUAACAGUAGAAUUGUAAAAGUAAUGAACACGGACAUUUAUUAUAUAGAAUUAGGAUACUGCCAUUUAUCUUUUAGUGGCUACUAAAUUUCCUUUUAGAGACUGACAUCCUAAAUGAUCCUCUCAUCCAACCCAUUAAUUCUUCUUAUAUCGCCACAUCAGCUAAACAUCUCAGCAAAUAUAAACAGGCUGCAGCAUAACAGCCAAUCCAGACACAUGUAAUUACAUCUGUGAAUGGCACAGCAUGUGCAUUUAUUGUUCAUGGAGACUGCUGGUACGUGUGAUAAGUAAAAAAAAUCAGGUUUUUGUCAAUGAAGAUCUGGAAGGUUCUGUCCUGCAGCGGUGUCAGUAUGUUACCCAAACCUAUGAAAGUCAUGUUGACCUUUUGACUGUGGUGUUGUUUUCAGUGCCACCCAAUGAAGUGUCGCAUUUCUACCUCUUUUCGACAUGUGCAACCUCAACACUUAAAAAAUGAAAUAAAUAUGAAUCUACUCUUAGUGAUUGCACGAGGUAUCAUGACUCAUUGGGUGGCAUGACUCAUUUCUCUCCUCCUGUCACUCACCACCUUUUUAAUGGAAUUGACCAGUGACGCUCACGUUUCAGUGUCUUGUGUCAGUGGUCCUAGAUGUUGGAAGAUAAGCAGCUACUUAAAGUAAUUAAAUGCUGAUACUCAAGAAAGUUGCAGUGUAACAUUAGAUAAUGAUGUCAGUUGUGUGAUUCCAGGCAUGCAGGAAUUUUGGGUCUGAUUUGCCCAUACUCCAAUGUGCAGUAAACGCUGUUUUUGAAAUUAUUUCUCUAACAAGAAGACAUUGCAGGUAUUUGUGUCCUGUGCUAAAAAUUGCAUCUAAAAUUACACAAACUAUCAAGAAUUAAUGAAGGAUUAAAAUUCAACAGAUUGCACAACAUGCUUCUUUGAUCCUACAUUUUUGAUUUGUAAAGCAGAAGUGAUAAAAUCAGCUUUAGGGUGUAACUUAGUUCCUUACAUUAAAACAAAAGCCAUACCCACCCCACCAUAUUACUGAAUUGGUCACAGUAUGCUUAAAAAGACAGGUUUGUUUUUGUUGAAAAUAUGUAUAAAAAGCACCCAAUUAUGCUGCUUUUUUCUUUCCAACAAAGCCAAAUAUUUGUAUUUUUCUCUCAGUUUUCACUUAUUAACAGAUAGUGUGCAUGUACCUCCUCAGUGAUAUUGAAUUAACUUUGAUUCCAAACUAUCAGUGAACUGGAAACAAAAUUGACAAUCAGCAGAGGGCGUAAUUGGGUCCUACACUUUAUGACCUUCAUAAAACACUCAUUGUUUCUGUCCCCAGCUGCAAUGGUUACAGCACAGUUAUGUAACAUCAAAGAAGCAGGUUAUCACUGAUGGUCAUAAGGUCACUAGCCUUACGUCAUAUCUUAACAUUAACACUAGAUUAUAACAUUUCUGUGUUUUUGUAUCUUCAAAUGUGCAGUAGUUUUGGGAAUGAAACCUAAUAUCAAUAGGCCUACUGACAUCAUCAAAUUUGGAGAAGCUGUACGACACUUUCAAGGGUCAUGGUGCAUUAUAACUGCAGGUUUACCCAUUCAUUUGCUGUACCAAUGAAACUCCAUCAUUUUGACAGGUUUAUCUAAUUUAAUUGUAAUGAGUUUGUUCUCUAAGACCAGUGUCCCUGCUGAUAAAUGGCUCUGCGCUGGAAACGAAGGUUGCACGGCAGAUACCAUGAGUUGGCUCCACAUCUUGUACCAAUGGACUACACCAAUGAUCCUGAUUGUAAACUGCCUUUAGCCUUAAUAGUCAACAUGCCAGAGUUAAAGGAAAACCCAUUCCGCAGCAGGAUUGUAGAGUCUUUCUCAGAGGACGGGAUGGGGAAUCUCAGCUUCAAUGAAUUUGUGGACAUGUUCUCAGUCCUCAGUGAAAUGGCUCCUAGGGAACUCAAGGCCAUAUAUGCUUUCAAAAUAUACGAUUUCAAUGUGGAUAAUUACCUGUGUAAAGAGGACCUGGAAAAGACUCUAAAUAAGCUGACGAAGGAGGAGUUGACUCCUGAAGAGGUGGUGCUGGUGUGUGAGAAAGCCAUCGAGGAGGCGGAUUUAGACGGAGACAACAAACUCUCCUUUGCUGACUUUGAAAAUAUGAUAUCUAGGGCUCCUGACUUUUUAAGUACCUUCCAUAUACGAAUCUGAGAGGGCUCCGUGGAAAGUUUCCAAGGUCGGCAGUGUGGUGAACCUCAGGACUCUACCUGCACUCUGUCCUGGCCACAGCACAGUGCCUGUCUCCCACUCCCAUCGUCAAAAAAAUCAUACAUCAGUCCUCUCCGGCCUCAGUGAAAUCUGCUCUUAGUUAAAAAGCAAAAUACUGAAUCCUGGAUCCUGAUUUUCUUUACUGUAGAUGAAAAUGUAUUUUCCUUUCACCACCUAUAAAAGGGCUUGACCUUGAUUGGUCUCUUGUUGGGAGAAAAGGCUAUUCUUUCCACAUUUUAAGGUUGAAAAAUGGUCAAUGAAACAAGUUCGAAAUUAGCCAGACUCUGGAUUACUGCUUAUUGAGCACAUUCAAGAAUGCAUAAAAUGCAUAUCUACCUAUACGGCACAUGAGAUACCCCCAGAGAAGUCUUCCUACAAUGACACACUAGAUAAUUAGUAUUUAUAAGGCUAAGGACAAAGCUUGAAGUGAAUGAAAACACAGCAUUGGCAUGAAGGGCAUACAGAUAUUUUAUAUGAGCUAUGCAAUAUUUGUACAUGCAGUGUAUUGCUUUUAGUCAUUUUAGGUUGUAUUUUUUGUUUGUGGAACUGGGACAUGAUGACAAUCACAUCUUACUGUUCUCCAGUUAAAUGAAGGGCUCUGUCAUCUGAACAAAUUUUGGUAGCUUUCAUCUUCUGCCUCAGCCAAUAUCAUGAGAUAUUACAUACAGCCAUCUUUUGGAUACACGUUACAGUAUUUUAUGUGACUUCAGGUAUUUGUCUUACUUUGAAUAAAUGUUUUUUUUUUCUGUG